CUUAAAAUACAAAUUGUUCCGGCUACAUUGCUUCUACACGGGUAUCCUGGAAAGUUUUGUUGAACUAGAAGUUUUAAAUACAUAUAUUUUAAACGUUUACAAUGACUGAAAACAUUUAAUAUUAUACUCGGAACGUAAAUGUUGUUAGUGAGGUUGUUCGGUAGGUUAUAGGCUUUGGAACGAUAAUGCGAAUUAGCUAGCCACCUGUUAAGCAUCUUUGUUUACAUUUAUCGAGUGUGGCUAAGCUAGCUGCUAGUGUGCCAUGCUAACUAUUAACUUACCGAUUUGUUGAGGAUAUAACUUAGUUGUGGGUGUUCUUCACUUUUCCAAACAUUCACGUUAGAUAUGUUGCAACUUAAAGCCAACCUCACCAAGUCGACAAGUUGUUGAGUAGUUACCAUGUACUCAUCGUUACUCUAAUGUUUGAGAACGAGAGGAGUUUAACCGAAGAUGUGGUCAGUUUGAGGAAUCUGCUUCUACUGACAGAGCUCAGUCUGAUCAGUGUGGGACAGAAACUGAGUCAGUCAGGAGGCCAUGAAGACAGAGGGGAAUGUGAGCAGACGAGUCCUGAGCAGUGCGAGCACCUAACCCUCACCGACCUGCAGACACCUGAUGUUCCUCCAUCCCAGUCGGGCUGUGUUUGCCAGGAGAGCCCUGUCAGUGGGACGGCUGAGAGACGUGCUGCUGCUGGCAGUCUCACCCCACCUUCCCCCAUCUCUCAGUCUGCCUCAUUGAAGUCAGUAGAGAUGGAGUCUUUUUCUGCCAGGCUGCGUCAGGAGAACGCCUGUCUGAGCGUGCAGGAUGAACAGAUGCAGCUCAUCAGCGACCUCGAUGCCAUGCAGUAUGAACUGUCCUCCUCCAGGUCUCAGGGCCGCCUCAGAGGCCCCAGGCUGGGGGUUAAGAGCAGUUUGGCACUCAUGAGUGAGCAGAUUCGUCAGCUUCAAGCAGAGCUGGAGACUCAAACUGCACAACUAAAGGCAACAGAGCUGAGGGCAGACUGCAGUCAGGAAGCAGCCGCCCACAGUGACAUAUUGGUGGCGAAUCUCACGGAGGACGUGAGCGCGCUCAGAGAAGAGCUGGACACCAAGACAGCUCUGUGCAAACGGGCUGAGCAACAAAGGAACCAAGCACUUCAAAAUGCAGAGAAACUCAAAGAAGCCUUCAAAGAGUAUAGGGCUACUGUUUCUAUAAAAUUUCAGAGGGUGAUGGAGAGUGAGAGCAAACUGAAAGAGAGUCUCAUUGAGUGUGACAGAGAGAAGGAGCAGUUGGAGGUGAAGUGCUCUCUGUUGGAGAGGGGAAAGGUCCAACAGAGUCAGACAAUCUGCCAGCUGACGGAGGAGGCGUGGCAGGCCAGGUCUGCAGCUGCUGGCCUGCAGGCUCAGCUGGAGGAGGCCGGACGAAAGGCCUUACACCUGGAACGGCAGCUAACGGAGCGGGGCGCUGAGUUCAGGGAGCUGGCCUCUCUGCAAACAGAUCUGGAGAACCUGCAAACUCUGACCCAGAGGCAGGAGCAGAGCCUGGUCCAGAGCCAGAGGGAGGCCCAGCAGAGGGAGGCGGAGCUGGCCGGCCUGGAGGCCACGCUGACCCUGCUGCAUCUACGAGAGGGUGUGGUGGGGACGCUGUGUGUCAGGCCCUGCAUGCUUCCCCCAGUGGACUAUUCAGGAACUGCACACCUACUGAAUCUGAAGCCAGGUGAAGGCUACCAGCAGCUGCUGCGCGCCCUGCAGCUGAUGGAAGCAGAGCGGAGCAGACAGAGCAGCCUGGUGGAGCGGCUGCAGGAGCGUCUCAGCAGGUCCCAGGAGGAGACCUCCACCCUGCAGAGCUCCAUGGCCCAGAGAGCCUCCCACUACCAGAGCCUCCACUCAGAGCUGCUGGACAGAGUCAGCCACACCACCGACAAAGAGAAGGAGUUGAAAAGAAAAAGUGCACGUGUGGCUGCGCUGGAGAAACAGCUACAGGAGAAGACCUCUGCUUACAGUCAGGCUGCUCUGACCAACACCGAGCUGGAGAAUCAGCUACUGGAGAAAAAGGCCACUGUUCAGCAUUACCAGUCAAUGAUGAGUAAAAAGCAGAAGGAGUACCAGCAGUCUUUGGAGAACUGUCAAAACUCUCAAUCGCACCAACUGACUGAGCAUCAGCACAGAAUAGAAAUGCUUCAGCUGUGUGUGGAGGAGGCUGAGACUCGGGUGUUGGAGAUGGAGCAGAAUCUAAGCUCAGUCCAGACGGAGAGAGACGAGGCUCAGGAGGUUGCUCUCCUGCUGCAGAGCUCCGUGGAACAACUCACACAGCAGAGGCAGGAUGAAGUGCAACACAACGAGGAGUUGCUGAAGAGUUUGGAAGAGCAGGCGACUCAGUCUGCCACCAAGGUGAGUGAACUGCAGACGUCUCUGUCAGAGUGCAGAGAGGAGCUGGUCUUCUACCUGCAGCAGAUGGAGGAGGUGACGAAGAACUAUGAGAGUGAGCUGCAGAAGAACAAAGACAAGGUGUCCUCCCUGCAGGAGAAGCUCCACAGCACCACCCUGGUGUGUCAGAGCUCUGGUGAGCAGAACCUGCAGCUGCAGCUCUCUCUGCAGCAGCAGCAGAGCAUGCUGACCGAGAGCUCUGCUCACAUCUCGGAGCUGGAGGAGAGUCAGAGCCAGCUGCAGGAACAGGUGUCCAGUGUGGAGCAGCAGCUGGAGCGGGCCCGGGCGUCUCUGCAGGGCGAGUUGAGGAGCAGGGAGCAGGACGUCCAGAGGAGAGAGGGGGAGCUGCAGGAGGUCACCCAGCAGAACACACAGCUGGCAGAGAGUGUGGGCCAUCUGAAAUCAGAGGUGGUAAAGUGUCGAGGGGAGCUGGUUUCUAAAGAUUCGGAGCUGCAUCGCCUGCAGAGGGAUGUCACCGUCAAGACUUCUCAGAUCAGCUGCCUGGACGAAAGCCUGCAGCAGCUGAGGAGCCUGCUCAACAGCAAGAGUGACAUGGUGAUGGACCUGGAGGAGCAGCUGCACCGUUGUGAGGCCGACACGAGCAACGUCUCCCAGCGACUGCAGGUCCUGGAGGGACAGCUGCAGGCGGUGCGCACCGAGCUGACCGAGACUCUGGAGCAGCUGCGGGAACUCCGAGACGUUCUGCAGAGAACCCAAACCACCGCAGACGAGAGGAAAGCCUCGGUGGAAAAACUGACAAUCCAACUUAGUGUCAGCAACAGCUUCACACUAUACAGCAACAACUUGAGGAAGCUGAACGUCGAUGUGAGGAUUCAACCAGAGAGCUGCAUGCCACCAAGCUGCAUCAAAAAGAGAAGGAGGUUCGGCUGUGCGAGCUGGAGGAGGAGCUGGCUCUGAAGCUGCAGUUGGAGGCCGGGCUGCAGAGCAUGGUCACGUCUUUAGAGCAGGAGCUGGAGCAGGAGAGGGAGCAGCACAGCAAGGAGCUGGAGUCCCUGCAGCAGACCCGAGGUCAGCUCCUCAAAGUCUCCUCUCAGAUCUCCUCCACCAUGCUCUCAUCUCAGGAGCAGCUCGCCACUAAACUCCAGCAGAUCCAGAACCAACUGGACCAGACCAAAGAGGAGCUGGAUCGCGCCCGGAGCCAAGCCGGUCUCCUCCAAACUCAGAGAGACCAGGCUGAGAUGCAGCUCUGUCAGAGUGGAGCUCAGCUGGAGCAGAGCAGGGUCCUGUACCAGCAGACCCGGGCCCAGAACCUUCAGCUCCACACCCAGCUGGAGCUGCUCAGCACCCAGCUACAGCACUCCAGAGUCCAGGCUGCCCAGCUUCAGGCUCAGCUGCAGGCCUCCAGGAGGACCAUGGAGACCUCCGACGAGUCCCUGCUCAUCAAGGAGUCUGAGGUGACCCGUCUCCAGGCCAGGAUCUCCAGCCUGGAGCGAGCUGCUGAGCGGCAGAACCACCUGUACACCCCCUCCCUCGCCGCUCUGAGCACAGUCACACACUCCUCAGAGAACUCCUCCCCCCAUAAGACUCCAGCAACCCUCCCCUCUCCUGAGCAUGCUCACUUGCCUCGCCCUCGCUUAACACCCCCGCCUCACACCUACCUUCCUCCAGCCUCCGCCCCUCGUCUCUCCAUCCAAUCAUGCGACUGGCUGAGCAACAGCGUGGACUCCUCCCUGGAUCUCCCCCUGAGCCUGAAGGAAACCCUGAAGGAGGCUCUGAGCAAGCAUCCAUGGGAGUCCCCCCCCUCCGGCUCCUCUUUCCCUAACACGGUGGACCACAGCUGGCAGGGUCUCAGCGCCGUGGAGACCACAGUGACCUCUGACCUCUCCUUCAACCCUCUUACUUACAGGGUGGAAACGCAAGAACAUGGAAGAGACACAGAAGCUCCCUCCAUGCAGCUGGGAGACGACGAGGAGCAGAUCAGUGAGUCCAGGAGGGAGUCUGUAAACACCCUGGUGGGGGAGGAGGUGGAGGGGGACAUGAGUUCACUGACAGGGAUGCUGAGGUUUGUUAACAAGACGUUAGCCAUGCAGGAGGACGCGUCUUUAUGGAGCUCCACAGGGCCGUCACAGAGCAGCCUCACACUGCAGAGGGGAGUCGAGGAGACAUGAAGCUUUGUUGCCAAGGAGACGUCAGAGAGAAAGGCUGUUUACACUGGUGUCAGCGUACAUGUAAUAAACAUCUAAUUGAAUCUGUCCUGUUGGCGUUAAAUCUGUCAAUGAGUUACGAUGACCACUAUUUAGUCUGUAAAUGAUCUACUGUGAUGUUUCAUACAGUAUAAAUGUAGCAUUUCAUUUUGUAUCUCUUCCGAACUGAUAUUUAUAUAUUGUGUGAAUGUGAAUAAAGAGUAUUUUUAUCUGUC